AUGGCAGCUAUUUCAACUUGGUAUGGGAGCACAGAGCCAGCAGCCAAAGCUGAGCAGUCAGGAUGGCGCGCCUUUGCAUCCGGCUGCAGCAACUUCUCCAUCCAGUACAACUACCAAUGUGCCAGUAUCGCCAUGGCGGUAAUGUCCACCCACAACGACCUUUACGUCAAGAAUCCACUGGAAGCGGACUAUCCGCCCCCUCCCUGGGUCCACCGAUGGCUCCUGGCACUGGUGUUUGGUGGUUCGAUGGCAGGCAUGCUCUGCUUUGGAUACCUGGGAGAUCUUCUGGGGCAUCGACAAGCUCUUCUGGGAACCAAGGGCCUGGUCGUGCUGGGUGCCUUGCUGUGUGCUACGCUGCCUGAAGAUGCUGGAGACGAGUUUUGGCAUAGACUGGCCGCUGGUCGAUUCCUUGUGGGAAUUGGCUUGGGUGGUGCCUAUCCACUCAGCGCCGCCUGCGCGGGUGCCUCCGGUACCUCCUCGGACGUCGGGCAGGCUUUCUUCUGGCAGACACCUGGCGGUGUGGCACCUUACCUGGUCAUGCUCCUGUUGCUAGUGCUCCUGCCGGGUUCCACUUCCUCGCAGUUCCGCCUGGUACUCGGCCUCGGGGCUCUUCCGGCCUUCUUGGCCCUCUCUGCCUCUUGGAAGGAGGAAUCAGCGCCUCCGGUACGUGCAGCUGGAAACCUGAGUGAGGCACUGCACAGCCAUCGGCGAACGCUGAUCGGCACCGCCGGAACCUGGUUCCUCUUCGAUGUCGCUGCCUAUGGCACCGUCAUCUUCACCCCUCGCAUCCUCGGCCACGUCUUCGGCGAAAGCCAGUCGUUGACGUCGAUGGCUCUCCACUCCGUCCUGAUGCUGUCCUUUGCCAUCCCAGCCACCUUCUUGGCCGUUGCAGUGCUGCCUCGUGUGGGAGCAAGGACACUGAAUGCGCUGGGCCUGGCCAUUAUCUCCGUUUGCUUUGCGCUGUUCGCAGCCGUGGCGGCUGCAUGCCCAGAUGCUCAUAAGGUGCUUUUUGCGCUUUGUUGUGCCCUGUGCUUUGGCCUUAACUUUGGGCCGAGCGUUGCGACCUUCGUCUUGCCUGUGGAGUUGGCACCCAGUGAGCUGCGCAGCACCUUCCACGGCCUCUCGGCCGCUGCGGGGAAGAGCGGAGCGCUGGUCGGGGCUCUGCUGUUCCCACUGCUGGACGAGACCUACGGGGUGCCCGCGGUGAUGGCCACGCAGGCGCUUGUUUGCGCCUCUGGAGCUCUUCUGAGUCACGUCUGCCUGGGUGAGAGUUGGUUGCAGGGUGAGACGCAGUGA